AGAAAUCCCCACUCGUUGUCAAAAAUAUUUUGAUUCUUCGUGAAAAAAGAAACGAAAAAAAACAGCUCCAUUUCUGCAAAUCCCAUUUUGUCUAUUAUUUCCGUAAUUUGAAGGAAAACCCUCUAGCCAAGCAUCGAACACGGGCAGCAAGAGGUAAACAAAGCAUAAAAUGGAUCCCAUAAUCGACUGGCAAAUAUCACGGCACGACAUCAAAUCCCGGGGCCAGUAUCUGCUGGAAACGGGAAAGUGGGCUGAUUGCCACUUUCUGGUCGGCCAGGAACCGAACCACCAGAUGCUGGCCGGACACAAGCUGAUUUUGGCCAUGGCCUCGCCCGUAUUCGAAGCCAUGUUCUACGGAGGCUUGGCAGAGAAGAAUGAUCCGAUUCCGAUACUGGACAUCGAUCCGUCCGCAUUUAAAUCAUUGCUAGAGUACAUCUACACGGAUAAGAUCAGCAUUAAUUCGGUAGACAGAGCUUGUGAGCUAUGCUAUGGCGCCAAGAAGUACAUGUUACCUCACGUUGUUGAGCAGUGCAUAACGUUUCUGUGGUCCGACCUUUGCCCGAAAAACGUCUGCCGGGCCUAUGAAUUUGCCAAGCUGUUUGAGGAGCCCCGUUUGAUGGAGAAGUGCUUGCAGAUAAUGUGCACCAAAACUAUAGAUGUGGUCCAAGACUCGAGUUUUGAAGACGUCGAACUCAGUACGAUCAUUACGAUCCUCGAUCAGGACGUUUUGAACAUCGAUUCCGAAUUGAAUUUAUUCUGGGCAAUUAAUAAGUAUGCCGAAAAGCAUGGAUUAUGUGCCAGUCGCAAUUCCGAUUCGAGUCAGUCCAAUAACGACCAAGAUCCAGUAGAUUCACCGCAAUCACCCCCAACCGUGGACGUAGAAGCUGGUCCUUCGAACGUCCAGCGGGCUGUAGGCAAUCCCAGUAUGCCUUUGGGAAAUGAUCAACAAGCUGCCCCAAUCCCAUUGAUUAAUACCAAUCGGCAGCAAGAGCUGCCCACAAUACGAGAUGCCAUACGGCGAAUUCGAUUCCUUUCGCUGAAUCCGCAACAAUUUGCGGAAGGUCCGGCUCGAACUAAUCUUCUGACACAAUCGGAAGCAUUUGCCAUCUUGAUGAACAUUUCGACAUCCAACAGUUGCUAUCCGAUGCCCGAAGGGUUCACCACAAACAAGAAUCCAAGAAACGCGUUCUCGGAUUCAACCCCUGCUAGUCCCAUGGCAGGACCGAGUGGCAAUGCCCCUCCCAUGGGACACCGGCCUGGUACUUCGGGUGGUCCAAGUGGACUAUUCACACAACAUGUUCCUCCACCGCAACCAGCACCGUUACCAUCGCAAACCGUUCCUGCUCCUGCACCGGCACCUGUCCCAGCAGCACAUCCCGGCAGCCCUCAGAGCCCGGAUUUUUAUCCGGAUUAUCUAGAUGAGCUGCGUGCUAAUGAUUCAAACUACGACCGCAAAUACUAUUGUCGUCGAAUCAUGCGGCAACAGACGGAGUGCUUGAAUACCUCUGUUCUGGAUUGUUCGUUGACCUUCAUCGUGGAUCGAUCGGUCUGUAUCACGGGAAUUGAAGUCCCCAGCCAAGUUCAGGGUUCGUCCAUCGUGGGUAACGAUCGAUACUCCGAGCUACUGUAUGCCCAUCUGCUGGAUGCACACGGUUCUCGCCUCACCUACACGCACUGCAAUCAACGUGUGCAAUACAAUUCAAUGCUGGAGAUUGCCUUUGAUCGACCCGUCUUCAUACAGCGGCACAAAAUGUACAAGAUUGGCGUCGUGUUCAACAAGGUCGGAUGGUAUCCGGUAAGCCAGUCCGUGGCAAAGGUCAACUGCGAUAACGUCUGCUUCACGUUCUGCGUCGGGUCGCAGUCGGAAUCGGUCCGGGAUGGCCUGAUCCGAACCAUCGUAUUCACUUACACGCGAGAUGGAAUUGCUUAUCCUUGAACGAAGGAAUAUGAUGUAAGUACUUUUUAUCUCAAUAGCUUCAUGGUAAACAUUUUCAUAGAAUGAACCACAUUAUUAUAAUCAAACUUUUAACUAUAUUCAUCGUUAAUCGCAUAUUUCUAACAUUCGCUCUAAAUACCAUUCGCAUUUUUCCAAAGAAAACUUUGAUGAUUCUGUAAUUAUUAUUUUACAAAUUAGUAAUUUUGAUUCCUAAUUAAGGCGAAGUAGGCCGUCAUUGAAAUUUGUACGCGUCGUUGAUGAUUGUUGGUAAUUCAUCUCGCGAUUUCGAAUCAAAGAAAAUCAGUUGGUUUUGCACUGACACAGCUGUAAAAGUAUCAGCAUACUUUAUGCAUGUUAGCGCUUACAGUGAAACAUUUUCAAGUCAAUAUAAACUAUCAAGUCUGAGUUUUUUUAUCACUUUGAAAUGCAAGCUGAAAAGUCAUCAUUGUUGCCAAAACGAAUGACGGGCUACUUAGCCUUAAAGCUUAAAUGAAGCUCUCAUCUUCCAUUCAUAAAUUAAGCAUCAGACACAAAAACAUCAAGUCAUGCUCAUACAUAAUUAGCAAACUUUGUUGACCUCUGAAACGCAAGCUUCUUUCCAUACCUAUUUGUACGAGUUUUUUUUUUGAUUCAGCAGAAAUGUGUAUUUUAUUUCAUACCUUUCACACUCUUCCUACUAACCUAAUAUGUAUCUGCAAUUAUAUGAAUUUAGUUUAGGCACAUAAAAACGUAGAUUUUACAUCACUUGGAAAAAUAAAGUAUGAGCAAACAA